ACUCAAAUGCUGCGUGUACAGCAAAUGAUGACAAUUCCUUCAACUGUACGUGUAAUUCUGGUUACAGCGGGAAUGGGACAGUUUGUAAAGAUGUUGACGAAUGUAAAGAGGACACAUCGCCUUGCCAUGCCAAUGCCACAUGUAAGAACGGUAUUGGGAAUUUUACUUGCACUUGUAAAGAUGGGUUUACUGGCAAUGGAACCUAUUGUAAUGACACUAACGAAUGUCAUAAUGCGACAUACCCUUGUCAUGCUGAUGCCGAUUGCGUCAACAUUCCUGGAAAUUAUACGUGCAUGUGUAAGCCAGGUUUCAGCGGUGAUGGACAGGACUGUAUGGCAAUCGACUGUGAUGUGUUAAAUUGUGGUUCAACUGAAAUGUGCGUGUCAAUAAAUGGGAUAUAUCAGUGUGUUUGCAGUCCAGAUUAUAAGGGGGAAAAUUGUGAUGAACUUAUCGUGGGGAAAUGUUAUGCCAGAGGUGAUCCACAUUACACGACAUUUGAUGGCACACACUACGACUUCAUGGGCACAUGUGAAUAUACCUUGGCAAAAGACUCUGUAAACAACACCUUCGAAAUUCGACAAGUGAAUGAGCCUUGUGGCAGUGGAUUGGUUGCCUGCACUAAAUCGAUAUCUCUCACUAUUCCUAAUUAUGUUGUUGUCCUUGAAAGGAACCGUGUAAAAGUGAAUGGUGCAACUAUAACCCCGCCUAUGAAUUACACAGAUGCAAUGAUGAGUAUUUACAAGGAAGGGUCUGCGACACGAGUCAGCGUAACGAACGGCGCAAUAAAAAUCAUUUGGAACAAUGUAUUUAAUGUUGAAAUUCUGGUGUAUGGUCGAUAUCGGGAGAAGGUUGUUGGUCUAUGUGGAACUUUCAAUGAUGAUAGUUCCGAUGACUUCCUCACAUCCGGUAAUAUGACAGCAGGAAACGUGACAGCAUUUGGUAACUCGUGGAAGACGGAUCCGGCUUGCGCUGACGCGCCAACAGUUGAACAUCCCUGCAUUACAAACCCCAAUCGUACUGAAAUUGCCCGACGGGAUUGUUCAGCUCUCUUAAAGGCACCAUUUUGGGCGUGUAAUGAAACAAUCAACGCAACAGAACAGUAUUUCAUCGCAGAUUGUGAAUAUGAUAUGUGUGCUUGUGAAAACAACCCUGCCGCGUGUCUCUGUCAAAUUUUUGAUUCCUACGCUGCCGCGUGUGCCGCUGAGAUGGUGACUUUUGACUGGAAAAAUGAUUUCCCUCGAUGCAGUACUCCAUGUGCAAGCUCUCCAUGUUUCAAUGGUGCAACUUGUGUUGACGAGGGUGCCACCAGCUACACCUGCCAAUGUCGUGAUGGAUAUGUGGGUGAUCGUUGUGAUAUAAAAGAUGUUUGCGAUAUUCCUGCCCGCAUAGCCUAUGGCGACAAUGAAAUAAACUACGAAGUAACUUUGGAUAACGUGACAACAUUAAGACGUAUUAGUACCGUAGGAGCGCAAGAUUUGGAUUAUGAUCCCGUGUCUCGACGAUUGUUUUACUACAAUUCAAACAACUUCUAUAGCAUGGAACUAGAUGGUUCGGACCUAAAAAAUUUAGGUGAAGUGAGGCAGGUUACCAGAUUCACAGUCGAUGGAAGAAAUAAUAUCAUCUAUUACGUUCACGAAUCAACUGACACAGUUUAUAUGUUUAAUUUGACGGAUUCGGAAAACGUUGAAGUUAGUGAUUUGAAAAGUGUUACCAGUGUUAAAGACGUGGAUAUGGACAGCAAAAAUGGCUUUUUGGUAAUCGCGGCAGCAAGUGGUGAAAAUAUAGUCCGAUAUAACGUUGACACAAAAGAUCUGAAUGUACUCAAAGUAGUCGGCAAUUUCCCUCAGGAUUUGUCUGUUGAUGGCGAUAACGAACUGGUCUAUUGGGUAAACUUUGAUGCUGAUACAGGGAAACAAAGAGUCAUGAGCACCUCCUACGGUGGUUACACAAAUGAUUUAAAUAUCACUUUUGAUUCCACGAUUGAAAUAGCUCAUGAUGAACUCUACCUUUUUGUUCUUUUUGUUUCUGAUGUAAUGGUCUACAAAUAUAAGAAAAGCACACUGGAACGUAUGGGAAACAUUACUGUUCCUAUUGGAACGAAAGGAAUCGAUGUUGCAUUUGAUCAAGAUGAAUGUUGUAUUGGCACAUUCUGUCAUGAGCAGUCCACCUGUGUCAAUUCCGUUGCUAACUUCACUUGCACCUGUAACAAUGGAUAUUCUGGAAAUGGAACAUUUUGUAAAGAUAUCGACGAAUGCGCUGAAGAACGUUGUCAUCCGAACGCUACUUGUCAAAACAAUCCUGGAUCUUUUAAAUGUGAUUGCAAUCCAGGCUUCACUGGCAGUGGCGUAGAUUGUGCAGCAACCAACUGCAGUGUUCUGGAAUGCGGACAGAAUCAGGUUUGCGACAACGUGGGCGGGAUAUUUCAGUGUGUCUGUCAUGAUGAUUAUACUGGUGCCGAUUGCAGCGAACUUCUGAAAGCCUCUUGCAAAGCUCGAGGUGAUCCACACUACUCAACAUUUGAUGGAACAACGUACGACUUUAUGGGCGAUUGUGAGUACGUACUGGCCCGACACAAGAGUACGAACCCUCUUUUUGAGAUCAGACAAAAGAAUGAAGUUUGUAACGGAUUUGCGACUUGUACGAAAUCAGUUACUAUAUCCUUACCAAUGUUAACCAUAAAACUUGCCAGAGGUAGUAUUAUGAUUAAUGACAGCGUAGGAGAUCUUGGCACGUAUGGAGGGGUAACUAUUUCAAAACCUUCUGGCAAUAAUAUAUUAGUAACAACUGAUAUUGGGCUAGAAAUUUUCUGGAACAACGCUGCGAACGUGAGAGUUACUGUCCUGGGUAGAUAUAAAAAUCAAACGGAUGGUCUCUGUGGUACAUAUAACGACAUGACAUCAGAUGACUUCAUGACCUGGAAUGGUUCAAUUGUAACUGAUCCAGUAGCGUUUGGUAAUUCUUGGAAAGUUGACCCGAACUGUGAUGAUGCUAGUGUUCAUGCUAAUCCAUGUGAUAAGGAUGCGGUGUUGGCAGCGAGAGCUCGAGAUAACUGUUCAGCUUUGCUUUAUUCUCCUUUCAAUGCCUGUGCAAGCAAAAUAAAUGCGACGGAAGAAGGAUACAUCAAAGACUGUGAAUUUGAUGUCUGUGCCUGUGGUGAUCGUAAUCCUGAUGCCUGUUUGUGUCAAAUCUUAGCUGCUUACGUUUCUGAUUGUGAAUCAGAAGGCGAGAAAAUCAACUGGCUCUCUUUGCCCCAGUACAAUUCCAGUUGCACCUCUCCGUGCGCAAGCUUCCCCUGUUAUAAUGAUGGUACUUGUUCAGAGACCUCUGGGACGUUCACAUGCGACUGUCCUGCUGGUUUUACUGGUCAACGCUGUGAAAUCGAAGUGAAGAGCUGUAAUGACCUCUCUUGCUCAAAAAAUCAAGUUUGUGAAAAAAUAGGUGAUACAUACCAAUGCGUCUGCCAUGAAGACUAUAAAGGCGAGACUUGUGAAGACAUAAUCGAAGCGACGUGUGUAGCUCGUGGAGAUCCUCAUUACAGCACACUCGAUGGAAAACGUUUUGACUUCAUGGGUAAAUGCGAAUAUGUUCUGGCUAAAGACAGAGUAAACAAUACAUUUGAAGUAAGACAAGAAAAUGAACCUUGUGGAAAUGGACUAGUAACGUGUACGAAAUCAAUAACAGUCAUCUUCCGCGAUGUAACUAUUAAACUCAAAAGGGGAUCAACUUCAGUUAAUGGUGGUGAGGUAACACUGCCGUUCUCAUAUAAAGGUGUCAACAUCACAACUGAGAACCGUCGAACAUCGGUCAUAAGUGAUUAUGGUGUGAAUGUAUUUUGGAACAAUGUCUACAACGUAAGAGUGGUUGUUCGAGGUCGAUACUUGAACAGAACAUCAGGUUUAUGUGGUUAUUAUAACGAAAUGGAAGAUGAUGAUUUCUGGACGUCUUACGGAACAAUCGUAACUGAUCCAGUAGAGUUUGGAAAUUCUUGGAAAGUUGAUCCUACAUGUGAAAAUGCAACUACAGUGGACCACCCAUGUGACGCCAAUUUAGAGAGAAGAUUGAUAGCACGAGAGAAUUGUUCAGCAUUACUUAAACCACCCUUCAGUAAUUGUUCCAGUUAUAUCAAUGCAACUGAAGAAGGAUAUAUUGCAGAUUGUGAAUAUGAUAUGUGUGCUUGUGAAGAUGAUCCUGUUGUUUGUUAUUGUCAAGCUCUUGAAGCUUAUGCUGAUGAUUGUUCACCCCAUGUUAAUAUAAAGUGGAUGGAAUUAAAUGAAUAUGCAAUUUGUCGUACCCCAUGUGCAAGUGCUCCGUGUUAUAAUGGCGGAAGUUGUAAAAAUGUUGAUUCCUCGUCGUUUGAAUGUAGUUGUCCUGCAGGAUUCCUGGGAGAUAGAUGUGAAAUUAAGGAUCGUUGCCAAAUACCAUAUUUAUUCUUCUCAACAUCAUUGGGAACGGUGUCUUAUAAUACAGAAAACUCCACAAAUAUCCCAAUGAAGGUUGACGAUCGAGCAAACGCCUUAUUGUCAUAUGAUGGUAUCAACAAACGGUUGUAUCUCUACAUCUCUCAGGAAAUAAUAAGUUACUACCUGGAUGGAUCUGAUGUCACCGUAAUGUCACUCAAAGAUGCGGACUUCUUCACUGUUGAUGGAAGACGAAAUGUGAUAUAUUAUUAUCAUGCUUUGCAUUCAAGAAUUUGGAUGUACAAUAUUACUGAUGGUCAGAACACUGCCGUUGAUGAUCUUAGCGAUGUGGCAUCUGUGAAAGAUGUGGAGAUAGACAUGACUAACGGUUAUCUCUACAUAGCCCGGGCAAAUAAUCCUCCAUUCAUUCGUUACAAUCCAGCUGAUGGCUCCAUGAAACUGUUCGACAACGUUUUUGGCUCAGCGCAGUCGAUUUCCGUUGAUGAAUACGAUGAUGUUAUCUACUGGGCUAAUUUCCAAGAUGGCGUGCACAAGAUUAUGAAAACUUCCAUGAACGAGGAAACAGUGUAUUUAAACAUCACAUAUGCUGACCAAAUCGAGUUGGCAACCGAUGUUUUUAAUUUGUAUGUCCUUAAAAAAGGCAGCACCUCUAUCGAUAGAUAUUUAAAAGCAUCGCUUGAAAAGCAAGGAAACAUUACCUAUGAUUAUGCUAUAUCCGACCUUAUUAUUACAUAUGACGAAGAUGAAUGUUGUGUUGGAACUUUCUGCCACGUGAACUCUUCAUGUGCAAAUUCUCUCGGUAGUUUUAAUUGUUCCUGCAACGAUGGCUUUUCAGGAAAUGGCUCGUAUUGUGAAGAUAUCAACGAAUGUUCAGUAAACAACCCGUGCCACCAAAAUGCUACCUGCUCAAAUAAUAUUGGGUCAUUCCGGUGUGAUUGUGAUGAAGGUUUUGAAGGAAAUGGCCGUGAUUGUGAAGCAACCAACUGCAGUGUUAUAAGUUGUGGUGAGAAUGAACGAUGUGAUCAAGUGAAUGGCCUCUUUAAGUGUGUUUGCAAAGACGAUUAUAAAGAACCUGAUUGUCUUUUAGCUGAAGCGACGUGUGUAGCUUAUGGAGAUCCUCAUUACAGGACACUCGAUGGAAAACGUUUUGACUUCAUGGGUAAAUGCGAAUAUGUUCUGGCUAAAGACAGAGUAAACAACACAUUUGAAGUAAGACAAGAAAAUGAACCUUGUGGAAAUGGACUAGUAACAUGUACGAAAUCAAUAACAGUCAUCUUCCGGGAUGUAACUAUUAAACUCAAAAGGGGAUCAACUUCAGUUAAUGGUGGUGAGGUAACACUGCCGUUCUCAUAUAAAGGCGUAAACAUUUCCAAGCACGGAAGUGGUCAAGUAAUAACAAGUGAUUAUGGUGUGAAAGUCGAUACUUAA